AUGGCUAAGAAUACGUCAAGUUCUGCCUUCAGAAAAAUAGAUGUUGAUCAAUAUAAUGAAGAUAACUACAGGGAAGAAGAGCAAGCUGAACUACAGUCUCCGCCUAUUGGGCCUGACGAAGCUGAAGUGACAGCUCUGAUGAAUCAGUAUCCUUUGCGAGGACGACAUGUAGAUGCACUGAAAACAGUGUUGAAAAAUGCUCCUUUGGGUUCUAAGAACCAGCUUGUUAAGGACAAUGCUUUAAAUUUGACUCUGCGAGUUCUCUUGGCUAUAAAAUCUUCCCAAAUAGAGGAAGUUGUUGCUGCUUUAGACAAAGAUCUUAUUGAUGUUCUCAUGAAAUAUGUGUACAGAGGAUUUGAAACUCCUUCUGAAGGAAGCAGUGGUCAUUUACUACUGUGGCACGAAAAGGCAUAUGCUGUGGGUGGGGUUGGGAGCAUAAUGCGAGUCCUGUCAGACACAAAGCGGGCGUAAAUAUUGUGUAUGAAAAGUGCAUAGAACAGUUUAUCUUCAUUUAAACUGGGAAGAGGAGAACAGUGGAAGAAUGAAGAAAUUAAUGAACUUUCCCAAACCUGACGCAUUUAUUUUCAGUUUCUUUUUUGUCAUAUCUUAUGAAUAUAGAAUUCAUUAUGUUAAAGGCUUAAAAAAAUAUAUAUUGAAUAAAAUGUUUUAUUGUACAAAAUUAUGUAUUGUAAAUACUAAGUAUAGUUUUUUCAUAGAAAUGAAACAUCUGUACAAUACUAUGGGUAUAACAUCCAUUCCAGUUCAUUUCCUUACACUUCUGCCAAGGCACUGUGUUACUCAUCGAUAGGGGGGGGGGGUCAGCAGAUCAAGUGUCUAUAGUUUUGAUUUCUGUGUUUUCACCAAAACAUUGUGCAUAUCAUCAAAGGAUUCUUCAAGAGCAUCUUUAAAUUUAGAAGCACUUGUAUCUGGGCAAGAUUUGAAAGCAGAUAUACCCAUGUGAAUUUCAUUAGCACGAGGAUUGUAGCAGCAAGCAUAACCGUCAUUAACCAAGGGUCCAUAGCACAUAAAUGCUUCACAUUUUCCUGCCACCUAAGGAAAGUAAACCAGCAAUAAUCUUGCAAAUUCAACAUUACUCAACAUAUUACUUGUUCACUUUACAUUUGUAGAUGGAAGAACUCUUAGUUUGGAAGGCUAGAGCCUGUACGAACAACCAAAAACGCGUGAAGAAUAUUGGAGAGUGCCUGAAGGUAAAUUAAUUAUAAAUAAUGGGGAGGACUAUUGUGAGAGAAAAAUAUUGUUAUUAAUAUCAUUAAAAAGACCUAUGAAUAGAGCAGCAGUAUCAGUAGGAAAGGGUUAAUGAAUAAAA